AUGGCUGCCGACACUGGCCUAUACAACUCCUCAGAGCCCGUCCGCACAAUGCCCUCCCCUGCCCCAAACGAUAGCAAUUCCAACGGCACUACCAACGGAACCCAUCCCACAGCAAACCAUGACAACGAGAAUUCACACCCGUCUCCAACUUCCUCCUCUUCCUCUGUCUCCGAUGUAGAGUCAGAGCGGAAAUCGAGGGCAGACCGCCCCCGCAUUGCCAGCAGGAAACCUAGCGCCUCGAUACUCGUCCCCCGGGACCACCCUGAGAUCGAGAUUGAGAAGGAAGAGUUUCCGCCAGACGACGCUCGUGCGAUGAGCCCGCGAAGGAACUUUGCAGACGUCAAGAGGCUGGGCACUCAGGCAAGACUUACACUUAAAGAACAAGCAAAGACGUUGCAGUCAUCUUUACAGGCCCUGGCAGACCGGAUUGACGAGGUCAAAUCAGACCAUGAUAAGCUGGAGAACGAGAACCGCUUCCUGCAGGACUACAUCGGUGGCUUAACCAGGACCAUGUCUACCAAGUCCGAGCUUACCUCAACCAGCGGUGCAGGCAAGGGAAAGAAGUCUCAGAAGUAA